GUUGCACAUUGUGGAUCAGACUUUUGUUGCACAUUGUGGAUCAGACUUUUGUUGCACAUUGUGGAUCAGACUUUUGUUGCACAUUGUUUCAUGUAAGAGCCAACUGUGAAUACAGAUUUUUAUCUUUAUAACCAUAUCGGUUACUCCUGCGACAUCCAAUUUUAUCGCCAUUAAGUUGACUUGGGAUAUUGUGACGACUUGGGAUAUUUUGACGACUUGGGGUAUUGUGACGACUUGGGACAUUCUGUAAGUUUGGGAUAUUGUGACGACUUGUGAUAUUCUGUAAGUUUGUGAUAUUGUGACGACUUGGGAUAUUCUGUAAGUUUGUGAUAUUAUGACGACUUGGGUUAUUCUGUAAGUUUGUGAUAUUGUGACGACUUGGGAUAUUGUGACGACUUGGGAUAUUGUGACGACUUGGGAUAUUCUGUAAGUUUGUGAUAUUGUGACGACUUGGGAUAUUCUGUAAGUUUGUGAUAUUGUGACGACUUGGGAUAUUCUGUAAGUUUGUGAUACUCGGUGGACUUUUUAUCACUUGACUUUGUUAGUACCCAACUGAUUUAAAUUUAAUGGAUUUGACGACCCCAUUGCCAUUUGAACAUUAUUCCUGCAAUCAUUGCUUGCGCUGGCUAGCACACAUUUUUUGUGUGGUCCUUAUCAAUGGUGACAACAUUUGAAUUACUUCGUUGUGUCAAUAUUCACACUACUCACGCUAUCACGUAACAUUGACUAGUUGUGUUUGUACUUCUGUAAGGUUAUGUGUCUACCUUCUUGAGGCAGCUGGCAGUGUGUUUCGUUGAUUAAGGAACUACCAGUGUGUGUGCGUGUGUGUGUGUGUGUGUGCGCGCGUGUGUCAAUGACAUGCGUUCUUGUACAAAGAAACAACACCUUCUGCUGGCUGCCACUGUCGUCGUGAUGUGCUGUCUCUGGAGUUUGUGGAGAGUUUCAAGGUAGGUGGUUCUUAGCCAUCAGAAUUAUUCAUGCUCUUUUUAUAACUGUUGAUAUUUCACAUCGUUCUGAUGGUGCGCCCCCCCCCCCCCCCACCCGGAGUACUUAAAGAAAAUGUUACUGAAACCUUUGAAAGUGUCCCAGAAAAAGUUGGUAAUUAUAAACUUAAAAAUUCAGAACUGUUGAUAUUUCACAUCGUUCUGAUGGUGCGCCCCCCCCCCACACCCGGAGGUGUUCAAUGAUAAUGAGCAAGCUCAUGGUCUAGGAGAAUUUUGAAAAGGGGCUAACACAGGUAGAUGGAAGAUACAACUACUGGCGAAAAUGAAGACAGUCAGUGCUCUUUAUAUCAAUGUAAUAUUAUACGUGGAAUAAAAUAUAAAUAAAAAGAUACAUGAAGUCUACAGAAAAAUAAAUGAAUAAAGUUCUAACACUUACAAUAUCUAAUUCUCACAGUAAUAUAACAAGUACUAACACAAGAAUAGGUUCUUAGAAUAUACACGAAAUUUAAUAUUUAGAUGAUUUUAAUUACUAUUGCUCCUAACGAUUGGACGGCCCUAUCUGGUAGUUAGCAAAUGCCACGGAAAGUAUUCACGCAUCUUGUCUGCAGGGGAACACAACCAGGACUUUUACAGAAUCAUUUCACACAUCUUGUUUCCAAGACUCUCUCUAUAACUGUAAGGGAAUGCAGCCAGUAUUUACACACGUUCAUUUCGCGUGGCUAAAAGUAGGCCGGGUUUGAAAUUUACACCAAAAAAAAAAAUAAAUGUUUUAUUAGCAAUGAGAACGCACACGGAAAGGUCGAACGCUCCGAAUGACUCAAUGAUUGGAGAAUGAGGGUGCAACAAUAUUAUCUCUGUCAUUCUUGGAUUUGAUAGGCGAAUUAAAGUUUUGAGCGUAAACACAACAUCUCAGUAACCGUGGAUUUUUCAGACCUAUUUUAUUCACAUGUCUCAAAGUGUUAUGGCUGGUAAACACAGUAGAAGAGAUAACAGUUGCAAAGACAACAUGAAACUUAGUACUUAUUUUCAAUUCAAAGAAUAAUUCUUUUGACGAAACAACCAAUGGGGUGUUCAAUUCUAUAGCUAUCCUACUGUAAUAACACUGACCAAAUUUCACUAUAACUGGUAUCAGUUUCAAGUUUAAAUGAUUUAUUAAAAUCUGGUGCAGCUAAAACUGAAGAAUUGGAUAAAAAUGAUUUUAUUUUGUCAAAGGAUUGUUGACAAUCUUUUCUCCUAGCAACAGUGGGCAUCUUUCUCAAGUAGGCGGGUUAUUGGUUCUGUCACUACAGAGUCACAAUUAGUAGGUGGUUAGGGGUUCUGUCACUACACAGACACAAUUAGUAGGUGGUUAGGGGUUCUGUCACUACAGAGUCACAAUUAGUAGGUGGUUAGGGGUUCUGUCACUACACAGACACAAUUAGUAGGUGGUUAGGGGUUCUGUCACUACAGAGUCACAAUUAGUAGGUGGUUAGGGGUUCUGUCACUACAGAGACACAAUCAGUAAAAGGGGGGGGGAUGACAUGUUUAUCAUGGGAUCCACUGAGGUACUGACAGGGGCAACCUGGCAAACAUUGCUGUAAUUUAUUUUUACAUACAGAUACGAUCUUUUAAGUUUAGUUAACUUAGUGAAAGGACACACAUGUGUCCCAUGUUAAGAAACUUAGUGAACGGACACACAUGUGUCUCAUGUUGAGCAACUUAGUGAACGGACAUACAUGUGUCUCAUGUUAAGCAAUUUAUUGAACGGACACACAUGUGUCUCAUGUUAAGCAACUUAGUGAACGGACACACAUGUGUCUCAUGUUGAGCAACUUAGUGGACGGACACACAUGUGUCUCAUGUUAAGGAACUUAGUGAACGGACACACUUGCGUCUCAUGUUAAGGAACUUAGUGAACGGACACACUUGUGUCUCAUGUUAACAAAAUUAGUGAACGGACACACAUGUGUCUCAUAUUGAGAAACUUAGUGAACGGACACACAUGUGUCUUAUGUUGAGAAACGUAGUGAACGGACACACACGUGUCUCAUGUUAAACUAACAACUUAGUUAACUGGCACACGUUUGUCUCAUGUUUAACAUUUAAGUUAACGGACACACGUGUGUCUCACAUUAAACAACUUAGUGAACUGACACACAUGUGUCUCAAAAUUGUGUCAGUAUAAAACAACAUCAUCUAUCAAUUUAGGAAAAGUACUGGGGACUUUCGUUAAGUCUUCAGGGAUUACCGUGGUAUGCUGACAAUGUGAGGUAAAGACAAAAAAUAGCACCACUUAAAACUAUCGCUACAUCAACUUCAGCUGUCGUGCAAACACUACAUGAACUUCAGGUGUCAUGCAAACACUACAUCAACUUCAGGUGUCGUGCAAACACUACAUCGACGUCAGCUGUCGUGCAAACACUACAUCAACUUCAGCUGUCGUGCAAACACAACAUCAUAUUCCACUGUCGUGCAAACACUACAUCGACGUCAGCUGUCAUACAAACAUUACAUCAACUUCAGCUGUCGUGCAAACACUACAUCAACCUAAGCUGUCUUUCGUCUCUAUAGUACACCAUUCCGUUUUUCUCUAUAGUACAUUAUUCUACUCUUAACUAUAGUAAACCAUUCUAGAGUUUUCCAUAGAACCCCAUUCUUGUCUUGUAUAGUACCCAUUCUUGUCUUCUAUAGUACCCCAUUCUAUUCUUCUAUAGUAUCACAUUAUUGUCUUCUAAAGUACCCAAUUCUUGCCUUCUAAAGUACCCCAUCUUGUCUUCUAAAGUACACAUUUCUUUUCUUCUCUAUCGUACUGUAUUCUAAUGUUAGUUAGCGUUAGGGUUUUGAAAAUUGAAUCUGUUUUAAGAUUUGGCUCGUAGAAUAAACCAUAGCCAACAAAGGACUGAGGAAAACAAUAUUCAAAGAACACGGCACCAAAGCCCGUGAUACUAACACGAUACAAUUAACUAUACUAUUACAUUUCUAUAAAAAUAAAAAUUCAGAUAACCGAAAAAAAUAUAUAUCAACCAACAGCACAGCAAGUGAAAAGGUACAGUCCUCGGAAGGUAUAAAUAUCAAUAUACACAGAUUUAAUAAGAGUACAGUAUUGCAAUCAUAUAAAGUCUCGUACAUGUUAGGAAAUAUAGAACAAAGACUCUCUCCCUUGGGUAGGUAAGCUGUCGCCUUAUAUAUGGCUUAAACAAGAACAAUCUGGAAAAGAAAUCCUAGAAAUUCCAUCACCUGAUAGUAUACUUUAUAGAACAAAUACGCAGGAUUCGAGCGUAAGCAACCUUUUCCGAAUCAAGGGAGGGGUGGGAAAGGAUUGCCACAGAAAAUUUACUCCAUUACGUCAUUAUCAAAUGAAAACAAAGGGAAGAUAAGUGAUGGUGCCUAAAAAUAGGCCUAACCAUAUGUCACAACACUUCUCUUCUCUAUAGUACACUUUUCUUGUCUAAUCUAUAGUAUACCGUUCUAGUCUUCUAUAAUGUAAACCAAACUUUUCUUCACUAUAUUCCGUUCUUCUCUAAGUACACAAUUCUAUUCUUCGCUAUAGUAAACCUUUCAUGUUUUCUCUAUAGAAUAAAACAUUCUUUUCUUGUCUUUAGUACACCACCGUUUUCUUCUCUAUAGAUCAUCAUCUAGUCUUUAUAGUACACAUUUGUAGUCUUCAAUAUAGUACACCAACUUUUCUUUAUAUGUUUCAACCAAUUUUGUCUUUUACAAUAUAUCCUCGCGUGGUCUUUGUAGUACACCGUUCUAGUUUUUAAAAUAGUACAUCACUCUUGUCUUCUAUAUAGAGCUCCAUUUUAGUUUCCUCUAUAGUACACUUUUCUAUUCUUCCUAAUAGUACACCAUUUUUAUCUUCUCUAUAGGACAUACUUCGUUUUGUCUCUGUAGUUGACUAUUUUAUUCUUUAACAGUACACCAUUAUAGUCUCUCAAUAGUACACAAUUUUAGUCUCGUCUAUGGUAACCCGUUCUUAUUUUCUCUAUAGCAGACCAUUCUUGUCAUUGCUAUGGUACACCAUUCUAGUCUUUCCUACAGUACACCAUUCAUGUCUUCUCUAUAGUACACCAGAUUAUUUUUCUCUAUUGAACACGAUUCUAGUUUCCCUAAAGUUCACCAUUCUAGUGUUCUCUAUUGUAAACCUCUGUCUUCUACUCUUCAGCACACCAUUCUAGUCUUCUCUAUUGUACACCUCUCUCUUCUUCUAUUCAGUACACCAUUCUAGUCUUCUUUGUAGCACUCCAUUCUAGUAUUCUCUAUAGUACACCAUUCUAGUCUUCUCUGUAGUACACCAUUCUAGUCUUCUUUAUAGUACAUCUCUCUGGUUUCCUCUAUAGUUCACCAUUCUAGUCUUCUCAUAGUAUAGCAUUCUUUUCCUGUGGUCUCCGUUUGACCUGCUUUUAUCGGUGGUAGCAAUACGUCAUAGUGGAUGUUAAUAACAAACAUACCCUCACACACCCUACACCCCACACAUUGACCUACACACACACACUCACACCCACACAAUUGCUAUAACCAACUGCUAUGUCUCCAUUCUCAGCAAUCCAUCAUGGCGUGUCACCCGGAUGUAUCUUGACCAGCUGGAGCUUCGGGGCACAUCUCGGGGCACUUCUCGGGACACAUCUCACGUGAAAAUGACAGCAGAACAAUUUCUUAAAAAGCAUAAUAUAAAUAUUAUUGAGUUAAAAAAUGUAAGGAACUAAGAUACCAUAAAUUCAUUCUGUUCAGUAGCUUAGCUGUGCUUAAUGCUUAUAUCCAUUCCGUGCAGUAGCUUAGCUGUGCUUAAUGCUUAUAUCCAUUCCGUGCAGUAGCUUAGCUGUGCUUAAUGCUUAUAUCCAUUCCGUGCAGUAGCUUAGCUGUGCUUAAUGCUUAUAUCCAUUCCGUGCAGUAGCUUAGCUGUGAUUAAUGCUUAUAUCCAUUUUGUGCAGUAGAGUAGCCGUGAUUAAUGCUUAUAUCUAUUCUGUGCAGUAGCUUAGCUGUGAUUAAUGCUUAUAUCAAAUUUUUUGCAGUUGUUUAGCCGUGAUAAAUGCUUAUAUCAAUCAUUUGUUUUGCUUGAGGAUAGCUGUGAAUAGUACCAAUAUCCAUUCUGUACAGUAGAGUGGCAGUUGUUAGUGCCAAUUUUAAACGAAAUAUAUAUGCACCUGGCCGACAAUGCUGCAUGUUAGAAAAAAACGCAACCCCCCUCCCCCCCCCAACCCAAUGAUGUCAUAAGAUUUGUUUUAGGUUGCUCUGUCCAAUUGUUAGUUUACUUACUUAUACUUAAGCCUUUUACACCGCCUGUGGCAUAGGCCAUCCACAAGAAUUUUCCAUUCAUCUCAGUCCUGUGCUUUCCUUUGCAAUUGAUUCUAGGCGUAUCCCAUACUUUGUGUGGCUGGCUCUAGCUCGCGUCUCCCUGAAUUCUUAGGCCUUCCUCUCUUUCUUUUUCCAUGUGGAUUCGAUGUUAGGGAUUGUCUGGGGAUGUUAUCUGGGUGUGUGCGUAGGUUGUCCCCUAUCCGAUUCCAUCUUUCCCUUAUGAUAUAUUCAUAAAUAGUUUCCUGGUAUGACCUUUCCAGUGAUUCUUUGUUGGUGAUGGUAUUUGGCAAUUUAAUGUUCAGUAUCUUUCUAAGGCAAGUGUUUAUGAAGGUCUGUACUUUCUGCAUGAUGCUCUCUGUUCUCCAAGUUUCGGACCCAUAGAGUAGGACUGUUUUGAAAUUUGUGUUGAAAAUUCAGAGACAGCUCCUUUGAUUCCAAAUGUUUUCUUUAAUAGCACACAUGCUGACCUAGCCUUUCCAAUGCGUUAGUUUUUAUGUGGUCAAAUCUGACAUAUUCAUUUGACCAACAUCCUGAUCUCCAAUGAAACAAAGAACAUUGAGUUCAAGGACACCCGAUGCUUUUUUUUAGUUAUAUGAUUGUAAAAACUCUGACAUUUUUGGGCACAUUUAUUUUGUAAUUAGUACAUUUUGGGAAAAAAGCAUGUUUAUUAUCAUUAUUUUUUUUUUUUGUAUAUUGUUUUAUUCUUUGUACUGUCCUGUCAGAGCAUUGCACUAACUGCAUGACAAUAACAUUAAAUAAAAGUAGUUAGCAAGAAGAAGAAUUUGUGUUAUGCUAUUUAUUUUAAUUUUAUUAUUAUUAUUAUUAUUAUUAUUUUUAUUAUUAUUAUUAUUAUCUAAUAUUGCCAUUACGUACCUGCUCAUGUUUAAAUCUACAUAUAAUGUCAUACACUUUCUUAUCUGGUCUAUCGUAUAUAUCAUACACUUGUUUCGUCUGGUCUAUAGCAUGUAUUAUGUUUGUACGUUGUCGUCCAUUCUCCAACAACGUUAAUUGAUUUCUCCAUCGUUGUACAGAAAGUAGGCGAUGAUGAAUCGUGUAGAGAAGUAGCAGAUAAUCCUAGGGCAUUCUGGAGAUCCCAGCCUGGACAGAACACAACCUUUACAGAGGAGACCGACUUGGAGAGGAUGGUGUUGGCUUUUCGGUAUGAGUGAGUCGUGACUUGUUGAUGGUUGGCUCCAAACCUGUAACUAAAUUUGUGAAAAUAAAACACUCAAAAGAAAUGAUUUAUACUAUGUAGUUAAAAAUUAAUAUUUACUUAAUGUUAAAACAAUUAAAACAAUGUUUACAGUUUUUUCCCAUCAAAGCAAGACUAAGAAAGAUGCCAAAACUAUUUUUAUUUUAAAACAUGUUAAUGAAGUUGGUCAUUUAGGCUGUGGAGCCUAGACAAGGAAAUGAGUAAAACAAAGUUUGUGAAACCAUGAAAAAGGAACGCAACAAAACAACGAACUUGUCGGCAGGAAGCCUUCGUCAGCGAACAAAGAACGGAAAAAAAACAGAAUUUAAUUUAAAAAUAGCACCUAGCUGAAAAGUAGUAUCCGAGAGAGUCGCAAGAGAAUUGGGUGGCAACUAGACAAGGUUGAUUGACCACUGCGAUGUGUACCCAGUCUCCCCACUCAGUAGAUAGUAAACCCAUUAGAUGUACAAAUCUAUUGAUGUACACAUCUAUUGAUGCCAAAAAUAUGAAAAUAAUUUAUGAUAUUUUCAUGUUAAUCUCUUCUGUCUCAGAUGUGGGUUGCUGGAUGCUGAGUAUUUGUACACACCUCCCGUCCCUGACCUUUAUCAUUUCGAAGAAUUUUACUUAUCAGAGACUCCUCUAUUGGACAUUUUAAAUGCCACAAGCGAGACACAAUCUAAGGUGAAACUGUUGAAUGUAAGGUUAGUAGCUUGAGUGUUGUUGAAUGUAAGGUUAGUUACUUGAGUGUUGUUGAAUGUAAGGCUAGUUACUUGAGUGUUGUUGAAUGUAAGGUUAGUUACUUGAGUGUUGUUGGAUGUAAAGUUAGUUACUUGAGUGUUGUUGAAUGUAAGGCUAGUUACUUGAGUGUUGUUGAAUGUAAGGCUAGUUACUUGCGUGUUGUUGAAUGCAAGGUUAGUUACUUGAGUGUUGUUGAAUGUAAGGCUAGUUACUUGAGUGUUGUUGAAUGCAAGGUAAGUUACUUGAGUGUUGUUGAAUGUAAGGCUAGUCACUUGAGUGUUGUUGAAUGUAAGGUUAGUUACUUGAGUUUUGUUGAAUGCAAGGUUAGUUACUUGAGUGUUGUUGGAUGUAAGGCUAGUUACUUGAGUGUUGUUGAAUGUAAGGCUAGUUACUUGAGUGUUGUUGGAUGUAAGGCUAGUUACUUGAGUGUUGUUGGAUGUAAGGUAAGUUACUUGAGUGUUGUUGAAUGUAAGGCUAGUUACUUGAGUGUUGUUGGAUGUAAGGCUAGUUACUUGAGUGUUGUUGAAUGCAAGGUAAGUUACUUGAGUGUUGUUGAAUGUAAGGCUAGUUACUUGAGUGUUGUUGGAUGUAAUGCUAGUUACUUGAGUGUUGUUGAAUGUAAGGCUAGUUACUUGAGUGUUGUUGGAUGUAAGGCUAAAUACUUGAGUGUUGUUGGAUAUAAGGCUAGUUACGUGAGUGUGUUGGAUGUAAAGUUAGUUACUUGAGUGUUGUUGGAUGUAAGGUUAGUUACUUGAGUGUUGUUGGAUGUAAGGCUAGUUACUUGAGUGUUGUUGAAUGCAAGGUAAGUUACUUGAGUGUUGUUGAAUGUAAGGCUAGUUACUUGAGUGUUGUUGGAUGUAAGGCUAGUUACUUGAGUGUUGUUGAAUGCAAGGUAAGUUACUUGAGUGUUGUUGAAUGUAAGGCUAGUUACUUGAGUGUUGUUGGAUGUAAUGCUAGUUACUUGAGUGUUGUUGAAUGUAAGGCUAGUUACUUGAGUGUUGUUGGAUGUAAGGCUAAAUACUUGAGUGUUGUUGGAUAUAAGGCUAGUUACGUGAGUGUGUUGGAUGUAAGGUUAGUUACUUGAGUUUUGUUGGAUGUAAGGUUAGUUACUUGAGUGUUGUUGGAUGUAAGGUUAGUUACUUGAGUGUUGUUGGAUGUAAGGUUAGUUACUUGAGUUUUGUUGGAUGUAAGGUUAGUUACUUGAGUGUUGUUGGAUGUAAGGUUAGUUACUUGAGUGUUGUUGCUGUGUGAAAUAUAUUCGGCUGGUAAGUUGAGACACUUUCUGCUGUGGCUUGAAAUGGAAGAUUAGUCUGUGUGAAAGAAGAUUAGUCUGUGUGAAAGAAGAUUAGUCUGUGUGAAAGAAGAUUAGUCUGUGUGAAAUGUGUUCAGCUCGUAGUUUCGACAAUGUCAGUGGUUCACAACCUUUUUUCCAGACAUCCUCCCCUUUGCGCCAUAAAUUCAUCCGUAGACCGUCAGUGUGAAGACAAGAAAAGUAAUAUAGGACAUUUCGUGUUUGCACAACGUUGUCAACAAAAAAAUGACACAUUUAAAAGCAAAAUACUUAUCCUUGAUUAAACGAUCAAAUGAAAUUACAAAAAUGCUUUUCACCUGAUAUAUAUAUUGCUUCUGGUGUCCCAGUGGUGUGUCCUGCUUUCUUUUCUUCACCGGCCUCUACCCUACUGAUCGUGUUUGAUAUUAAUAAUGAUGAGUAAAAAAAAAAAAACUGCCCUAGUUUUAAUUAAUAAAUUGAUCAGCUUGACACAUCAAUACCAUUUUUAAAAAAUAAUAAUCAAAGUUGGAAUAUUAUUAAGCAAAAGUAUAGAUAUUACACUAAUAGUAACUUCUACACUAAAAACAUAUUUUUCUUGCCUUCGCUGGACUAACUAGAGUGAAAUUAUUUUUUCCAUUUAUGGUUUAGGCAAUGUUUUGUUGAUGCUGUUUUCCUUUUUGUAUGGGUAAAAUGUUCCAGUAUUGUCCAUCUGAUAUGGAUAAAAUGUUCCAGUAUUGUCAAUCUGAUAUGGAUAAAAUGUUCUAGUAUUGUCCAUCUGAUAUGGAUAAAAUGUUCCAGUAUUGUCCAUCUGAUAUGGAUAAAAUGUUCCAGUAUUGUCCAUCUGAUAUGGAUAAAAUGUUCCAGUAUUGUCCAUCUGAAAUGGAUAAAAUGUUCCAGUAUAGUCCAUCUGAUAUGGAUAAAAUGUUCCAGUAUUGUCCAUCUGAUAUGGAUACAAUUUUCCAGUAUUGUCCAUCUGAUAUGGAUAAAAUUUUCCAGUAUUGUCCAUCUGAUAUGGAUAAAAUGUUCUAGUAUUGUCCAUCUGAUAUGGAUAAAAUGUUCCAGUAAAGUCCAUCUCCACCACGGGGGUGCCUCCCCUGAACCCCCUACCAUUUUCCCCACCCUAAACCUUGUCUAAUCUUACCCUUCUAAAGUUACGAGCGGACGGUUCCCGGAGUUCUCGCUACUGCCGCCACAAGUCAACUGGUAACUUAACGCCACAAUGAAAAAAAUAUUAAAUGUUUAUUAUAGACCAGGGGUCGGGAACCUUUUUGUCUAAGAGAGCCAUGGACACCACACAUUUUGCAAAAGUAAUUCUGUGAGAGCCAUACAUUAUGUUUAAAACUAAAAAUUCAAGUACAUGUGUGCAUUUUGUGUAAUUUCAACACUAAAAAUGCAAUAAUUAUGUCUCUGAAUUCUUUUUAAUAACAUUGUCAUGCUGUUGCCCAUCAUAAUGAGUAUUUCUUACCAUUAAUGCGACUUUUUUUUUUUAUAAUCGAACAUUUGUCUGCGAGCCAGAUGCAGCCAUCAAUAGAGCUACAUCUGGCUCGCGAGCCAUAGGUUCCCGACCCCUGUUAUAGACUAAGUAUCAGUGAAUGGAAGAAAAAGUCACAGAAAGAAAAUUGAGCGGAAGAAGUGAACAAUAAAUUUAUUCAGUCAGGCGCGUGAACAUGAAUAUAAAUGCAUUGACGGGUACCGCAUGACGUUGACGGAUAAGUCAGUACUGUGAGUCUGUUGUUGUAUUUCAAACAGUUCCCAGUUCCGGCUCGACGACCGAAUCGUGCUCCAGAUCACGGUGUUUGAUGGACAUGGCAGACCCAGGCACAAAGGCGGGGAUCAGAUCAGGGUGUGGUUUACUGACGUCACUCAAAGUGGACACUCUUUGCCAGCCAGCGUCAAGGACAUGGGCGACGGGACGUACUUGGCUGUGGCCUCACUUCUCUUCACGGGGAAGCUAAAGUACGUUGAUAUAUGAAAAUAGUAGCCUCAAUCUCUCUGUUGGGCAAUGUUACUUCUUAAACAGGCUCAAAAUUAAUAUCCCAAUAAGUUUAGAGCCAUAUUUGUAUAGUCCUAUGUUAAGUUUAAUACAAAGGCUUUAAUGUCGUGUAUUAAGUUUAUUAUUAUUGUACCUGGUGACAGAUUGGGACUGUAGGAAACAUUAGAUUUCUUGGUGACAGGUUCUGUGACUCUUGUUCCGCUCACAUACCCUUCCCCCUCCCCUGGGUUCGUUUCCCACAAUGAAGUCACCCAUGGAUAUUAGCUACGACUUUUUGCCCACGAAUACUAAACAAACCCAAAUUCCCUUUCCAGUGAACUCAGUUAAACAAAUAUUUACCACUGUAUCUGAUCCCAUUUACAGACCAACCAGUGCUUGAAACACACAUUUAAUAUAGUUUUAGACAAUUUUUGGCCUGAUCAUUUUGGCAUAUUUUAUUUGAUUUAAAAAAAAGAAAUCAAUAAUUUCUUUGUUUCUCAACAAACUUAAAUCAAUAUUUUCAUUUCAGUCUAAUGUAAGAAAAAUAUUGGUUAGAUUUAAAAACGAACAAAAGCAUCUCCAAGAUAACUAUUUCCAUGUUACUACCAAGGACAUUUCUGGUGAUGUAUUUCAGGGUCAGCGCUGUUCUGGUCUACGCUAGAGAAUACCUCCGAGCUUUGAUAUAUCUACAGCUUGCCAUGAAAACAUUUCGUCCCAUCGCUGCAGUGUUCAACAAUUCUAAGGUAAGACCUGACAUUUCUUUUUUAAAGACAGCUUAAAAGUCAACUCACUGUUCACUAAUUCAAGGUUAAGACCUCACAUCUCUAUAAGUCAACUCAGAUUCAGUCAUCUUAGGCGGAGAGUGGUUUGGGUCCUUCAAACCCUGCAGCCUGCAAGGGCCUCAGAUAUAUAACGGACACAAAAUUAUGAUUUAACCAAAAAAAAAAAAAAAAAAAAAACUAACAAAGCAAAAAACAACAAAUUGCCAGACAGAAGAAAUUGACAGGCAGGAGCUAUUGCAAGACAGAAGAAAUUGACAGACAGGAGCUAUUGCAAGAGAGAAGAAAUUGACAGACAGGAGCUAUUGCAAGACAGAAGAAAUUGACUGACAGGAGCUAUUGCCAGACAGGAGAAAUUGACAGACAGGAGCUAUUGCCAGACAGGAGAAAUUGACAGACAGGAGAUAUUGCCAGACAGGAGAUAUUGCCAGACAGGAGCUAUUGCCAGACAGGAGAAAUUGACAGACAGGAGAUAUUGACAUACAGGAUAAAUUGACAGACAGGAGAUAUUGCCAGACAGGAGAAAUUGCCAGACAGGAGAUAUUGCCAGACAGAAGAUAUUACCAGACAGGAGAUAUUGCCAGACAGGAGAAAUUGACAGACAGGAGAUAUUGCCAGACAGGGGAUAUUGCCAGAAAGGAGAAAUUGAAUGACAGGAGCUAUUGCCAGACAGAAGAAAUUGAAUGAAAGGAGCUAUUGCCAGACAGGAGAAAUUGACAGAUAGGAGAUACUGCCAGACAAAGAGAAAUAGACAGACGAGAGAGAUAUAUUGACAGGAGUCAUUGAAGACAAGAGAUAUGAAGGGUGCACACGGGGAGAGGAGGAUCUUCAUUUGCUGCCUUGUAAAUGGGGAGACAAUCACACUGACAACGCUGUGCAACGAUCAUUCCAAGAUGUGCUGGAGAGGUCACGCUAGAUUUCGCGAUCUAAAUGACACAUAAGUGUGCCAUUAACUACCUCAUCAUCAUCAUCAUCACCAUCUCGAUCCAGCAGAAAUUUCGGCCUGUGGCCAUGGGGAAAAAUAUGCCUAGUCCGUGCAUCUGUUUUAUGUCUAUGUAUAGUAUAGAUAGGGUAAUAGAUAGUCUGGUAAUUUUUAAGGUAAUGUUAAGGCGUUAUUUAUGUAGCACUGGGUAUGGUGAAAUGACUCUUAUUGGUAGGUGUAUGUGGAUAACUUACGUAUGAGUUUUCCCGUGCUCGUGACUAGGGGUUUUAUGUUUGAUCAAAUUCAAUCACAAAGUGACAUAAUUAUGAACGUGUUCACUUAUACCCAUAUAUCAAAGGAAUCUAUAAUAGCAAUUCAUCUAAUUAAAUGAACUUAUUUAUUUACAUGGAUUUACAUAGAAUUUAUAACGGUCCAGGAUGUGAGAUAACCUCUGCAUACAAUUUAUUUCCAGGUUAUAUGGAGUAUGGACAUCCCGUGAUGCCUAACAUUCAUCAUAAUAGUCGAUUGCUUUAUAACAAAUUUUAAUGCGAACACACCGUCAAUACUUAUCAUAUCAAUCUAGAAUGGUCUUGAUGAUUGGGCUUGAUCAAUCAAUAUGUAAGGUGACUUCAAUGUUGGAAGUGGUCUCUCCAGUUCUCUCCAUAUUGGCUCCUCGGGAGCGAAAGUGGGACAUCGCAGCAGUACGCUGUGGAAUAACUCUUCCUUUGUACGUUGUGGAAUAGCUCUCCCCUUGCACGUUGUGGAAUAGCUCUUCCCUUGUACGUUAUGGAAUAGCUCUUCCCUUGUACGUUGUGGAAUAGCUCUUCCCUUGUACGUUGUGGAAUAGCUCUUCCCUUGUACGUUGUGGAAUAACUCUUCCCUUGUACGUUGUGAGGACUUCCCAGCGAUGUAUCUGUAAAGUCCUAUCAGCACGCGGUCCUAUUGAUGCAGGCCAACUGUCUGUUCUUCCCGAUGGGUACUGGGCGGAUUUCUUAGAAUUCUGGCCUCAGGGAAAUCAUCCUCAACCCAGCAUCAAAGGUGCGGGGAUGUCUUGGACUACAGCAAAAUACCAAAAUGGCUAUAUACGAAAUGAUAUAAGAGAAAGAAAGGGGGCAGUUUUUACAAUAGUUUUAAGCUGGCAGAUCCCUUUCCAGCAACAGGAGCUUUAAACAAAAAACAUCCAAUGUAUGGGUAACUGUUUUAGACUUUACCAUAGUCUACGCAAGCAUGUAUAGCCCAGACUGAACAAAAAAAAAGGUUGCCCUGGGAGUGCUGUUGAUGUCUAUGAUAGUUUGAGUGAACAUUAAGUGACGCUAGGAGUAGACUUUAUGGCCGAUUUCUUAAAUGCUCCAUUUCCAGGCCAGUGAAUGUACCCCGUGUUACCACACAGAACUUGUCCCGGGCUUCAACCGAUCUGAACUAUGCAACAUGACGGAGGUGAACGGCUCGCCCUGGUUCUGCGGGAGACCCGUGAAGCAUGACCUCAACUGUCUGGAGGACUUCGUUGGGUCAAGAGUUGUGGGCCCCUCAAGUAACAUGCCUGUCACGUGGGCAGAGAAGGAAUUAUUUCGGCGCUCUUCGGGGUAAGCUCAGCCCAUGACAUGAAGAUCUCUUGGUCACCUUCACUGGUCUUUAUCUCAGUUUUUCAUUGACAGCAUUGUACUUUUUAAAAGCAAGGUGUUUAUUAGAAGACUACACAUUAUUUUUUUAAAUUAGUCUGAGAGACUUAGUUGUAAAUAAGACUCUUUCAUCAAACAUGCUGCACGUGUAGUAAUGGGUUGGGAGAACAUAACUUGAAAAUAAGAUUUUGGGAUGCUAAUAAGACAAGAUAACAUGAUACCAACUCUGCCAACAGUUGAAAACGUUCCCAUGUUCAUUGUUAUACUUCGAACAAUAAUAUACAAACAUAUACACGUCAACAUAAUCCAUAAGGUAAUAAAAGUAUCCCUGUGAUAACAUACUCAUACACAACCACAUAAUCUAUAUUGUAAUACUAACAUUCAUGUGAUAACAUUUAUUCAUAUACAACCACCUAAUCCAUAUUGUAAUACAAGCAUCCAUGUGAUAACAUACUCAUACACAACUACAUAAUCCAUAUUUUAAUACAGUAUGAUUGCUAUGUAUAAGUAUAACGUUUUACACGAUUUCCCCGUGCUUGAAUUUUGCUUGACCCAAAUUAGAUCCCUAGCAGACGUUAGCGUUUGUUGUGGGCGUGGCCUGUUCGUUUGAUGUAUCUUGUUGACUACCGCCUUUCUAAUUAAACCUUGUAAGACUGCCUCCUAAUAUUUUGUAGAAUGUUUGCGAUUGUUCUAGAAAUGUAAACAAAUGCUGAGUAGCUUCUGGAAGGCAGGGCUUACGCGUCCGUAGACCAAACUAUAUAAGGGAUUGACAGAUUGUAGGAGAUUCAGACGGAUAUUACGAUAGGUUUUAUUAACUUCACGAGACGUGUAUUGUUUUUUGUGUUCUUAUAUAUGUGUUUAUUUCGCAUUUAAUCAUUAUUUAUUGGCACAUCAUACUAACUGUGUUAACUGUGUACCGGUACAAUAUCUACCAUACUGUAAGUUCAAGAUUGUCAUUAUAUUUUCUUUUCUUUUGUAAUUAUCUUAAGACUUAAUAAAUCUUAAUUAAUUGUAACUAGCAUUUGUUUUGGGUGUCGUAUCUUUAAUAUUGUUGACUCAAUGGUAUCGUCCUUUGUUAGGCACUGUUUACAACGAGCCAAUUAAAAUUAAAAUAGGAGAUUAAUUUCUCAUAUUAGAAGCCAAUGCGUAACAAUGAUCAUACAUGACAUCAAAUUGUGGUGGACUGACGUGUCCAAGCGGCCCCUGUAAUGCAUCAUACAAGUAUAGAUUUAAUAUACACAUUUUAAGGUAUGAUAGAAGCGACACAGGAGGUCUAAAAUAAUAAUACUGAACAUUUUCAGCUUACCUUACAAGAAGUUUUUCUGCUGGCCCGUUUCAUCCCUGGUCAUGUCAUGCAUACUCCGCAAAUUCUUUAGAGAUGCCAUUUGUGGAACUUUGGUUAAAGGGACUUUCUUUUGGGACACUUUGUCAAAAUGGUUGGAGAGCACUCUUCUAAUACAUACAUUCUCUUUGUUUUGGACCACGUAGUCAAAAUGGUUGGACAGCAUUGUUCUAAUACAUACAUUCUUGUUACAGCGGAGAGAGUCGAAUUCUACGGUCUAUUCCUCCAGGUAUGGAGAUAGAUGUCGCAACAGGUGAGUCAUAUCUUAUAUUACUGGUUUUGUCAACAAAUUUUGGGCUGAUUUUGGAUUAGCGGGAUGGCCGGGGUGUGUGUUUCAUGGUACACAGGUCAUGGAGGGUCAUGGAGGGUCAUGGAGGGUCAUGGAGGGUCAUGGAGGGUCAUGGAGGGUCAUGGAGGGUCAUGGAGGGUCAUGGAGGGUCAUGGAGGGUCAUGGAGGGCCAUGGAGGGCCAUGGAGGGCCAUGGAGGGCCAUGGAGGGUCAUGGAGGGUCCACCGUGACAACUUCCGUAUUCAAAAGAUUUUGAUUUAAUCUUUGUGCUUACUUGAUGAAAGGUUUUGUUUUCUCAUCAUCUAAAAAAGGGGUGGGGGGAAGGGGGUCUGAUACUGAUAUCUUCAUUAAAAAUUGAACCAAACUUUUCCUUUGAAUUUUUUCUUCUUUAUUAUCGGAAAAUCGUAAAACUAAUAAUUCUUUUAUUUAAAGAAGAAUCUCUUAACCGUUGUUCACGUCAGCCUUGGGUGUCUUUUUUAAAAGAAAUGUUAAUAGCCUCAUCAAAAUAUACACCCACAUUAGUAUAUAUUUUCUUUUUUUGAAAGAAUAUCUUAACCUAUCUCUAUUUUCCAAAAAAAAAAUAUUUUCACUUGUGUAAAAUGAUUGGAGUUUGAAUUUCAUGGGUAUACUUAUGUAAAUGUCCCCAAGUUUUGUAAACGCCAUUGAUAUUUUAAAUUGGUAAACAUAUGUUUAUUUAUAAAAAGAGAAUGUAACAUCUCUUUUUCACAACUGUAAUAUCAUUAGAUUUAAAGAUCAUGUCAGCCACGUAAAAAUGUACACACCCUAUUUCCUACCCCCAUUAUGCAUAAACCUAAGAAGGUUAAUUAAUUAUUUUUCAAAUUUCUUUAUUGUGAAACGUAUCUUGUGCUGUGUCGAGAUGAGAGUCUCAUGUAUGGCCAAGUCUUUCACUUCAUUCCGUUCGGCAGUACAUCAUACAGCAACAGUCACCAAUGCAACAACCAUCAACCGGUUUGCAAACAAAAAUUUAUUUAACCACAAUUCCCAAAGUAUGGUUGAUACUUAAUUUCUGAGCAACAAUCAAAUCUUUUUAGCACAACACUUAGCAAUAUUCAAUUCACAACAGUCAAUGUAGCACAUCCGCCAUCUCUCUUCUCUAACAAGAACGAAAAACUAACGCGUCACUUCCCCACUACACAAUUACGUCACAAUACUUUCACACAAACGAUACAGCUUCACAUAAAAUCUUUAACUAAACAUCUUUUCCUUAUCAAACCUUGAAACAAUAAUCUACACAUAACAACAGUGAUUCUCAUACCCUUGACAUGCUGCCUGGGACAAAAUAAUAGUAUCGAAUCCCUCCUUAGAUUAUAAUAAAAAUUAAUAAAAUCAUCCUCGGGAUUGUACUCCCUACGUGUGCAAAAACUCAUUUUUUGCACGUCCCCGAACUUAAUUAAAAUUCUUAAGUUCCAGAUCAACUUUAACACACAUUGUUUGAUGUUUUCUAGAAAAAGAAACAACACAAUAAUUCUACGCCUAAUUCAAUAUAUUGAAAUAUUAUAGUUAUUUCUUUUAACAUUAAAGACUAUACCAAAUAUGAAACCUGUCACAUUAUUGGCUCUUUAGUUAUAGAUAUCAAAAUGAAACAAUUGCAACUUCCUAUGGUUUGUUCUUAUUUGGAUGAAAGAUAAACGCUUCGGUGAAUGCUAUUUGACUAUGUAGUUUUGCUGCACCGAUUGACUUAAACGGCAUUUUCUUAUUAAUAGUGUAUUUAAAUUUUAGGUUUUUAUUACUUAAUAAAUUUUUAAAAAGUGUAUUUUUGGAGUGAAAAAUAAGUAAAAACUUAUCAAAUGUUAAAAAUACAAAGCUAAAAUUUGGUGUUUUUAUUUAAAAUUUGAAAAUAAAUCAAUUAUAUUUAUUAAUUUUACUUUAAGAAGGGAAAAUACAUUAUCAGUUUCGUUACGUGCUGUUAAUUAAUUAAAGAAACUUAAAGAUUUGGCUAAAAUAGUUCAUUCGCGCCAUGAAGUCAUUUGCGUGUUUAUUUCGAUAUUGUUUAAAUUCAUUCAGAUCAAUUCAUUAAAAUGUAAUUUAGCAAUAUUAAUAACGCACUAAAGAGAACAGAUGUGACAAAUGAGAACAGAUGUGAUUAUGAUUCAUACACAUAAUUCUUAGAUCAUAAUUUUUUAGAUUUGUAAGAAUUUCAGACCUGACGUCAUCAGUCUUUUACCCUUUAAGGGAACAAAUCCAGAACUGGGUCAUAUUUAGAUAAGAUCUCCAGCAUUUCAAGAUGAUUUCCUCUAUUCAAUCAAGAUUCAUAUUUGUUGUGGCCAAGAAAUGCAAGAUUCUGCUUUACAAGAAACAAUGUGACAUCCAUCAACUUUUGCAGGAUAUUUAUUCAAUUUUUCGUCACCCCGUCCAUCACAGCAAUGCUUUUGGCAUCAAAUGUUUUGUGUAGCCCAAGUCCUGCUCCCAAUGUUUUCCAUUUUUCAAAGGCAACAUGGGCACUCUUUCGACGCCGCAUGAUGUUUUAAUGCUGGGCUCAGUUUUCACCACUUCGGUUAUCCUUUAAUAAAAUUCGGUUAGAACAGGCAGUGUGUGCUCUAUAAAUAUGAAUUUGUUAAAAAUUUGGUGUCAUACCCUGAUAUUGUGUUACCCGGUGCGGUCCGAACCCUCAACUACGCCCCUGGCCAUUGCCUAGUGUCUUUCUCAUUAACUACGCCACUGACCAUAGCCUAGUGUCUUUCUCAUUAACUACGCCACUGACCAUAGCCUAGUGUCUUUCUCAUUAACUACGCCACUGACAAUAGCCUAGUGUCUUUCUCAUUAACUACGCCACUGAACACAGCCUAGUGUAUUUCUCAUUAACUACCCCACUGGCCAAUGCCUAGUGUCUUUCUCAUUAACUACGCCACUGACCAAAGCCUCGUGUCUUUCUCAUUAACAACGCCACCGAACAUAGCCUAGUGUCUUUCUCAUUAACUUCGCCACUGACCAUAGCCUAGUGUCUUUCUCAUUAACUACGUCACUGACCAUAGCCUAGUGUCUUUCGCAUUAACUACGCCAUUGACCAUAGCCUAGUGUCUUUCUCAUUAACUACGCCACUGACCAUAGCCUAGAGUCUUUCUCAUUAACUACGCCCCUGGCAAUAGCCUAGUGUCUUUCUCAUUAACUACGCCACAGACCAUAGCCUAGUGUCUUUCUCAUUAACUACGCCCCUGGCAAUAGCCUAGUGUCUUUCUCAUUAACUACGCCACUGACCAUAGCAUAGUGUCUUUCUCAUUAACUACGCCACUGACCAUAGCCUAGUGUCUUUCGCAUUAACUACGCCAUUGACCAUAGCCUAGUGUCUUUCUCAUUAACUACGCCACUGACCAUAGCCUAGAGUCUUUCUCAUUAACUACGCCCCUGGCAAUAGCCUAGUGUCUUUCUCAUUAACUACGCCACUGACCAUAGCCUAGUGUCUUUCUCAUUAACUACGCCACUGACCAUAGCCUAAUGUCUUUCUCAUUAACUACGCCACUGACCAUAGCCUAGUGUCUUUCUCAUUAACUACGCCACUGGCCAUAGCCUAGUGUCUUUCUCAUUAAUUUUAUAAUCAAAAGAAAUAUAACCAAGGAAUUACACCAUAGAAAGUAUGUUUUUAUAAGCAAAGUUAGCGUUUUAAAACGUUUUCAGCUUGAAAUAAUUCAAUUGAUGAACCAAUCUGGCAUCACUAUCGCACUUGCUGCCCUUUGUGGCGUUUAGACAACUAUUUGCAAGCAUCUAUUGAUGAGUCUAUAGAAACAUUUUUGUGACGUUUACACAACUAUUUGCAAGCAUCUAUUGAUGAGUCUAUAGAAACAUUUUUGUUACGUUUACACAACUAUUUGCAAGCAUCUAUUGAUGAGUCUAUAGAAACAUUUUUGUGACGUUGACACAACUAUUUGCAAGCAUCUAUUGAUGAGUCUAUAGAAACAUUUUCAUAUCGCAUGUGACGUUGACACAACUAUUUGCAGGCAUCUAUUGAUGAGUCUAUAGAAAUAUUUUUGUGACGUUUACACAACUAUUUGCAAGCAUCUAUUGAUGAGUCUAUAGAAACAUUUUUGUGACGUUGACACAACUAUUUGCAAGCAUCUAUUGAUGAGUCUAUAGAAACAUUUUUGUGACGUUGACACAACUAUUUGCAAGCAUCUAUUGAUGAGUCUAUAGAAACAUUUUUGUGACGUUGACACAACUAUUUGCAAGCAUCUAUUGAUGAGUCUAUAGAAACAUUUUUGUGACGUUGACACAACUAUUUGCAGGCAUCUAUUGAUGAGUCUAUAGAAACAUUUUUGUGACGUUGACACAACUAUUUGCAAGCAUCUAUUUAUAGAAACAUUUUUCAUAACGCUGGAUUUUCAAAAUUAAUAUUAAAUUAAAAAUAAAAAUUAUAUAUACUAAAAAAAGUAAUGAGCUAUAUUUUUUUUCUAAUUCAAGGGAAAGAACUGAACCUUUUAAUAACAUGAACACAUUUCAGAAAAAUUUCAUAGGUUUUCUCUCCCCUUCACAUAACUAUUUACGCAUAACCAACUUGGGACUUUGUAAAUUUUUUUAACCACAAGGAUUGGGAUGACAUUCUUAGAAAAUGACCAAGAGAAUGAAUGGAGUAGAAGCAAUUGUGACUGCUAUACAAAUUAAUCUUUGAGCAUGGCAUUUAGUCUUAUAUAAUCAGGCCCGUAUCUUUGUUAUAAUGUUUUACUUAAAUUACGAUCUUGAUACACAAUAACAUGCAACCUUUCACAAGAUAUUUGUGUGCUCCUUUGUCUCUGUAUCCAGAUGUUACUGGCAAGCCCUUCUCACGGCCAUCAGCGUCGUGUCACAAAGUGCCAUUGGCGGAGACAUGGAAAUGGUUGGAGCCAACGGGAUUCUUUUACAAGAACGUGUGGCACCCCAGUUACUGCACCAUGCACACGGUCGACACGGAUAGCUGUUUGAGAAACAUAGAGGCAUGUCAUAGCUGUGGUUGUGUAACUGAGUUUGUCAUAGCUGUGGUUGUGUGGCUGAGUUCGUCACAGCCGUGGUUGUGUAGCUGAGUUCGUCAUAGCCAUGGUUGUGUAGCUUAGAAUGUCAUAGCUGUGGUUGUGUGGCUAAGUAUUUCAUUGUGUGAAUCCUCAAUGAAACUUCAGAAAAUUUCCAAAAUUUGACAUUUGUAUAUUAAUGUGCUAUAACAAUACUACGCUAUGGACAAGCUGUGGCUAGCAAAAGCUGUGCAAGUGGCAAAGCCAUUAUGUUGGUGCCUUCUUUCAAAGAAAUUGAUAUAUUUCUAUUUGAAAUUGAUAUUGAAAUCACUAUAAACAAGUGAAUUUAAAACCCCCAUUUCACUAUAUGAAAAGUACCACAGUGAAUAAUGAGAAGUAUAACAAUGAAGAAUGUGAAGUAUUACAAUGAAGAAUGUGAAGUAUUACAAUGAAGAAUGUGAAGUAUUACAAUGAAGAAUGUGAAGUAUUACAAUGAAGAAUGUGAAGUAUUACAAUGAAGAAUGUGAAAUAUUACAAUGAAGAAUGUGAAGUAUUACAAUGAAGAAUGUGAAGUAUUACAAUGAAGAAUGUGAAGUAUUACAAUGAAGAAUAUGAAGUAUUACAAUGAAGAAUGUGAAGCAUUACAAUGAAGAAUGUGAAGUAUUACAAUGAAGAAUGUGAAGUAUUACAAAGAAGAAUGUGAAGUAUUACAAUGAAGAAUGUGAAGUAUUACAAUGAAGAAUGUGAAGUAUUACAAUGAAGAAUGUGAAGUAUUACAAUGAAGAAUGUGAAGUAUUACAAUGAAGAAUGUGAAGUAUUACAAUGAAGAAUGUGAAGUAUUAAAAAGAAUAAUGAAACGUAAUACAAUGAAGAAUCAAUGAUCAAAAAUGGUCUCAUUUACCAUCCGUUGAGACUUAUUAUAACAUUAGCUCGUUUGUAUAUGUUGCACGCAAGUUUCGAUUCUAAACUUUCUUUCAUACAUUAAUUUCAUAGCAAUCCCCCCCCCACCCCACCCCAAUCCUUAACUAUUGCCUUUCAUCUACAUGUGCCAUUGCAGGUUAUCAUUUAUGGUGACUCUAACGGCCGAGCGCACUACCAUAAUUUACUUAAGUUGUCCAAGUGUGACGUCAUCAAGAAGGAGCUGACCCGGAAAUGGCACAAGCCGCUCCUGUGUAUUAAUAAGAAAACCCAGUUCACCGUCAGAUGGGAGCCACACACAAACCCGUUUAUGAAUGGCGUAAGUAGCUCAGGAAAAACAACACUAGCCCAUUGGUGAAUGGCGUAAGUACGUUACUAAAACAACACUAGCCCAUUGGUGAAUGGCGUAAGUACCUUAGAAAAACAACACUAGCCCAUUGGUGAAUGGCGUAAGUACCUUAGAAAAACAACACUAGCCCAUUGGUGAAUGGCGUAAGUAUCUUAGAAAAACCACACUAGCCCAUUGAUGAAUGGCGUAAGCGCCUUAGAAAAACAACACUACCCCAUUGGAGAAUGGCGUAAGUACCUUAGAAAAACCACACUAGCCCAUUGAUGAAUGGCGUACGUGCCUUAGAAAAACAACACUAGCCCAUUGGUAAAUGGCGUAAGUACGUUACUAAAACAACACUAGCCCAUUGGUGAAUGGCGUAAGUACCUUAGAAAAACCACACUAGCCCAUUGGUGAAUGGCGUAAGUACCUUAGAAAAACCACACUAGCCCAUUGGUGAAUGGCAUGCCUUAGUAUUUCCAUCUGGGCCAUACAGGUCAUGUGGUAGGCAUUGAAUUUAAGAUUUGACAAAAUGCGUUCUUGUCGUUAUGGUCCAUUAUCAUUAUGGUCCAAUAGUCAGUCAAGCCAUUGUUUUCUUAGAUUCGGUAAAUGGUCACAUCUCAGCAAACUCUGAGCUGAUAGAGUGUGAAUGUAGAACUUAGAAUAAUUUUUAAGAAAUAGUUCGAUGAUUUAUUUCUAUGUUCUAAUUCUAACCUGUCUGUCUCAUUCUGCAUGUUUUAAUUCUUACCUGUCUAUCUAAUUCAGCAUGUUCUAAUUCUAUCUUGAAUCUCCAAAUCAGCAUGUUAUAAUUCUAACCUGUCUAUCUCAAUCAGCAUGUUCUUAUUCUAUCCUGUAUGUCUCAUUCAGUAUUUAGUAAGAUGGAAAUUAUAGAAAUUACAGGCAGUUUAUAUAAAUAGAUAUUAAAGUUAAUUUAUGGUGAUAAAUGACGUGAGUUGAUUCGGUGUUAGGAUGACGUAUUACAAUGCGUGAAAGAACGUGAUGGAUUAACAAAUCUAGUAGAAACAAGGUGUUCUAAUUCUGACGGUCUGUCUCACUCAGCACGAUCUAACUCUUAUCUGGUGCCAUUGCUGCCAGAUGUCGUUCAUAGGGGAGACAGGACGCUGACUCUCUUACAGAUGUAUUGAAGAACUCCGUAAUAUUACGCAAGACAAGCAGUGUCCCGUCUGUAAACACUUCAGUAGAAGCGACCACUAGGAGUCUGCGAAUUUUACAGUAAGUGCGAUCGUGGCCUGUACAAACACAUCAAGUCGGGUGAAUUUGGAAAACAAGCCGAUCCAGACUUAUGGAACCUUGACCGCACAUGACAUGAAUGUCAUCUUCUCAUUCACCUGUUGAGCCUCGCCCCCACCCCUUCCUCGUCACCACCAAUCGCAGUGGUCUUUCCUCUCUCCUGCCACCUUUUUGCCCGUAUUUUAAUCUCUCACCUACUUAUGUUCUGUCACAUUCUUCAAACUGCACUCUCGGAUACUAAUUUCAGCUAAUUGUUAUUGUUGUUUAAUUCUGAUUUUACUGUUGUUUGUUCGCUGAUGAAGGCUUCUCGCCGACUUGUUUGUUCUUUUUUUCCCAUACUGUGUUCAGCUUAUUUUCCUUUUAGCUAACCUGAUUGCAGUCUCUCUCUCUCUCUCUCUCUCUCUCUCUCUCUCUCUCUCUCUCUCUCUCUCUCUCUCUCUCUUCCCCACUCGUUUUCUGUUUUUUUGUUUUUUUNGUCUCACUCAGCAUGUUUCAGUUCUGACUUGUCUGUCUCACUCAGCAUGUUUCAGUUCUGACUUGUCUGUCUCACUCAGCAUGUUUCAGUUCUGACUUGUCUGUCUCACUCAGCAUGUUUCAGUUCUGACUUGUCUGUCUCACUCAGCAUGUUUCAGUUCUGACUUGUCUGUCUCACUCAGCAUGUUUCAGUUCUGACUUGUCUGUCUCACUCAGCAUGUUUCAGUUCUGACUUGUCUGUCUCACUCAGCAUGUUUCAGUUCUGACUUGUCUGUCUCACUCAGCAUGUUUCAGUUCUGACUUGUCUGUCUCACUCAGCAUGUUUCAGUUCUGACUUGUCUGUCUCACUCAGCAUGUUUCAGUUCUGACUUGUCUGUCUCACUCAGCAUGUUUCAGUUCUGACUUGUCUGUCUCACUCAGCAUGUUUCAGUUCUGACUUGUCUGUCUCACUCAGCAUGUUUCAGUUCUGACUUGUCUGUCUCACUCAGCAUGUUCUAAAUCUCACUUCCUGUCUCACUCACCCAGCAUGCUCUAGCCGAGGCCCAAAGUCUCACGCCCACCAAUAUUGAUAUCGACAAGCUUCCGUCCAAAGGGAGGUACCUCAUUAUUUUGAACCAUUUCUUUCACGUGACCACCUCCCACAUCAGCUCUAUUGACGUCAUGUUCAGAUCCAUCAAAGACGCCAUCUCACGUCUGCUCAAACGAAAUCCUGACGUCACUGUGGUACUGCAGGUAUGAGCCAUUAGAUAAACAAAAGGAAGUUCAGAGAAUAUAUGUUAACAUAGGGACUACAGCAACUUUCGACUGAAGUAUGGGGCUUUGCCAGCUGACUGAUGGGGCUUUGCUAGCUAAAUGAUGGGGCAUUACGAGCUGAAUGAUGGGGCUUUGCCAGCUGAAUGAUGGGGCUUUGCCAGCUGAAUGAUGGGGCUUUGCCAGCUGAAUGAUGGGGCAUUACGAGCUGAAUGAUUGGGCUUUGCCAGCUGAAUGAUGGGGCUUUGCCAGCUGAAUGAUGGGGCUUUGCAAGCUGAAUGAUGGGGCAUAACGAGCUGAAUGAUGGAGCUGUACCGGCUGAAAUAUAGGGCCUUGGAGCUGAAUGAUGGUGCAUUACUAACUCAAUGAUGGGGCAAAGCUAACUGGAUGAUGGGGCAUUACCAACUGAAUGAUGGGGCAUUACUAACUGAAUGAUGGGUUACUAUUAACUUAAUGAUGGGGCAUUACUAACUGAAUGAUGGGGCAAUGCUAACUGAAUGAUGGGGCAUUACCAACUGAAUGAUGGGGCAUUACUAACUGAAUGAUGGGGUACUAUUAACUUAAUGAUGGGGCAUUUCUAACUGAAUGAUGGGGCAUUACUAACUGAAUGAUGGGGCAUUACUAACUGAAUGAUGGGGUAUUACUAACUGAAUGAUGGGGCAUUACUAACUGAAUGAUGGGGCAUAACUAACUGAAUGAUGGGGCAUUACUAACUGAAUGAUGGGGCAUUACGAUUGUUUUGAAUUUAAACGUAUCUCUUAUUUUACUCAGGGUCCUCACACUGCGAGGAUUGGAUGGCCCAACCAUUUCGAGGCGGGCGACAUGUUGGGCCCCAUCAUCAUGAAUCUACAGAAGGAAAUCUUCCACGACCUGCUGGAUAAAGUCCUGUUCAUGAACGCAUGGGAUAUGACCGUUGCUGUGGACAACUUGGACUUCCACCCGGACACAAACGACAGCAUAUUCCACACCAUGAUGGGGUUUGUGUGCGGCCGCUGAGGUCGGGUGUCAUGUAAGCAUCUGUCCGAGGCCUGACCGCUGAUGAAGGGUGUCAUGUAAGCAUCUGUCCGAGGCCUGACCGCUGAUGACGGGUGUCAUGUAAGCAUCUGUCCGAGGCCUGACCGCUGAUGACGGGUGUCAUGUAACCAUCUGUCCAGGGCUUGACCGCUGAUGACGGGUGUCAUGUAACCAUCUGUCCAGGGCCUGACCGCUGAUGACACAUGUCAUGUGACCAUCUGUCCAGGGCCUGACCUACGGUUUCUGGCACCCGAUCAAGUUUGAGUUUAAAAUA